AAUAUCUUCAAAAAAGUGCACACAUUUGGCACAUAACUGAGGGAUCAGUCAUUUGAUGGCAUACUUUGUCUGGUAAUGAUCACCGAAUUAGUCCAUCACACCACUCAUCAUCACCGCAAUCAUGUCGUCUGAAUGGGAACUAUUGAAAGAGAAUGUGGAACCACUGAAGUCCGGCAGAAGUAUGAAGACUCUGAAGAAUGCUUUGACACAAAACGCGUCCGAUUUAAAUGCUAGAGAAGAGCGUCGGAAGGAGUUUGAGUCUGAAUUGCGGACAUAUGAGGGUUCGGAUCUGUUGUCUGUGUAUUACGAUUACAUCCAAUGGAUUGAACAAAACUAUCCUUUGGGUGGAAAUGAGGCGAAUCUGAAGACUCUUCUGGAGAAAUGUAUCGAACAGUUCUAUGAGUUGGAUGAGUACCGCAACGACAAGAGACUGCUCUCCAUAUUCUUGAAGUUUAUCAAACGAGUGGACAGUCCUCUCGAGAUGUUUCAGUUCUUUCAUGAGAACGGAUUCGCCGAACAGUUGUCCGACUUUUACAUCAAUUGGAGCUUUCAUUUGGAGAACACGAAAAACUGUCGCAAAGCUGCGGAUGUCUUGCGUCUGGGAAUCGCACGAAACGCCGAACCCAUGGGUCCUCUGACGGCAGCACUCGAGCAGUUGGAGUUCAGAGUCGCCAAAGCCAUCGUCAACCACAAGACGGAUGACUUGAAUGAAAACGCUUCAGACGACGAGCCAAAGAGACAGCCCCUCAACAAACUGAAGACUAAGACCGCCAAAAAGGGACGAACCGACGCACCCGUCAGUCGAGUUGGGAAUGCCGUCAAAAAGACUGGCGAUGGUCUCAAAGCAUCGACGGGCGCCUCAAACAGCGGACAAAUGACUUCAAACAAAACUCCUGCUAUUUAUUGCGAUGAGAAUGACCCGACACUACCCGAAAAGGUGAGCACCGGUACUGUUAAGACGUCUCGAAGUGCUAAACACGUGUCGAGUGUCGGAAAUGUUGGUCAAGAGAACGAACGAAAGGCAGGAAAAUGGAGUGAAAACCAAUUGAAACUAAAGUCAAUUGCAAAAAGUGAACCAAAAUUUACAAUCCAUGCGGACGAAGACUCUGAGGACGAGUGUCCGGAACGGGUGAAAAAGCCGCCACAGAGUAACGCACUGAAGGUGAGACCUCGUGGUGCGGACAGCCCUCCUAUCGCUCGCUUCGAAAAGGCGGAUCCACUCAAGAAAUUCUAUUUCAAUGAACACAAGUUGUUCGCCGGCGGAGAGGAGUUCUGUUUCGAAGAGAUCAGAGGCCGGCAGUGGAUGUUGAAGAGGAAACACGAAGAGGAGGACAACCGUAAGGCUAAGUUAGAGGAAGAGGUGGAAGAACUGAAACAACAAAUCCAACUAUUGCUUCAUUCACAACAAAAUGCACAACAAUUAAGUGACAAUUCUUCUGAAAUGGGUUCAAAUAUUGACAGUCAGAACAUGUGA